AUGGUCAUUUUUGCUGACGUUCUUGUUAGCCACCAUGGUGAAGGCGCCGACGUCGACAAACGAAGCUCGCGAUCCUCGAACCCGACUCUACGCCAGUUCGCCACACCGACGGGGACCUUUCGUUGGGCGGGCCUCGGACAUGCCAAAGAUGCGUGGCGACAAGAUAUUCGGGAAUACCGCGAUACCGACAGUUCUUCAGGAUCGUCGUACACUCGCGAGUCGUCGCCUGCUACAACGAGCCAAUCGGGCGCCAGUCCCAAGUUACCCAUUUCUUCGUUGAGCCACACGGAUACGCCUACCGUGACGACUCUGCUCGAAUCUCUUCAGCGAACGAGUAUCGCCGACGUGCCCUCCUCUCCUAAAGCUCGUCGUUCGGAGAGUCCCCGACCUUCAAGCAGUCCGGUCGACAGCAGCCACCAGGAACUCAAUGGUGAGAGUCAAGACUCGCACACCCGACAGUCACCGGAUUCAAUUAUUCCGCCGCGGACCAUCCAAAGCAACACUGAUCUCUCCAAACCCACCACUAUCCCACGAGAAUCCUCCAGUAGAGGCCGAGUCCCCAAUUAUGACAAGAAGGCUUGGGAGAAGUACGCAGAGAAGAAGACGGACAAGGAAUAUACAUGUCAAUGGUCACAACACUUCCCAGAUCGAUCACAAACUUGCAUUUAUGAAGCCUUGAGGCCCUUGAUGAAAAGGCAUGUUGAAACGGUUCAUCUUAAAUACAAAACCCAUUGCUGCAAAUAUUGCGACAGACUCUUUCCUCAGGCAAGUAUUCAGGUUACCUUUGAUGAUGAUACGUGCUCGGUAGUGAAGAUUGGUCAUCAACAGAAAGCUAACGUCGAAGUACAUGAAUCGUCUCGCCAUACUAAAAGCAAGAAUAAUGUCUGCCCGUAUGAGAAAUGUGGGCUGCGGUUCAACGACCCAGCCAGACUUCACCGACACAAAGUCGAAGCUCAUGGUUAUGUUCCGAAGGAGACGAAGAGGCGAAAGAAGAAUGGGGCUGGGGCUGGGGCCUCGAAGCCCGCGGACUAUGAAUUGGUCCAGCCUUGGCCUACUGAAGGGAAAUCGCCUGUCGGUGAAUGA